AACUUAAAUCUCGCUAGUGUUGACUUCUGUGAUCUCAAUUUUAAAAUUCUGCUAUUCUUUUCUGGAUAGUUGUUUACUGAAUUACUAUGUCUCCUCCAGGUGUUAACAAACAGUCCCCGUCAAAAAACUUCAACUCGCCAAAAAAGAAGUCACCAAAGAAAAGAAACAAGUCUUCAAGAAAAUGGUGUGAGGAAGAACGUGAACUUUUAAUAGAAGCAGUCAAGAAAUACCCGUGUCUCUAUGACACAAACUCCAAAUCCUACAAAGACAUAACAGUGAAAACAAACGCCAAGUUAGAGAUUUCACACCUUUUUGAAAAUUGCACUGUGGAAGAUGUGACCACUCAGUGGACACAGCUUGUAGAUAAAUUCAGAAGAGUUAGGAAGGUGUCCAACAUCGAGGAUCCAACAGGGACUUCCACAGAAGAUUCAAGGCACCAACUUCCGCAGUGGGACUUGUACCACACAAUGUCUUUUCUGGACGAACACAUUAAACAGAGAGCCAGGUUUACCAAUCUUUCUUCAGCAAAGGUACUACAUAUUGAUUUAGUUCAAGAACGUGGUGUGGAUCAAAUGGAGAAUGAAGAAAUUGGAAAUACUGACAAAGACAAUGUACUCUAUUGGAAUGACGUGUCCUUCGUAUCAGUAAACGAUACACAGUCACUAACUCUAGACAACGAAUCCCUUGUUAACAGCGAAGAUUCUCUACAAAUUUCAGAUUUCAUGAAUAGAUCGUGUACGAAAAAUGUACUGACAGCAAAAAAAAACUGGAUUCCAUUUCUUCAAGUCAAAGCCAGAAAGCUGGCAAACCUACUACUAUUAUUGACUCAAAGACAUCAACUGAAAGUCGACCACAAGCCUUUCCAAAAACAUUGACACCCACUCCUUCAACUUCAUCGUCUGAUGCUCUUCCAAGUUAUCCUGAUAGCCGUAUAAAGCGCAAACGGAAAUUAGAAGAGUCUGAAGCGGAAAAAAUAUUUCAUCGCUGGUGUCGCAGUUGAUUAAUGAUAAACCAAAUCAUACUGUGAUAGAGAAAACAGAAGAACUUGACGCAGUGACAAAGGAGUGGAGAAAUUAUUGCAAAGUUUUUGCCGAUAAAGUUAUAAGUGC